CACACUCAUUACAUUGCAAAAAUUCACAACCGAACCAUCUAUCUCUUCUUCUACCUCUCCUCUGUCCUCAAUAUGUCGACACUCUUCUUCAUUCUUUCUUCAACAAUCGCUCAUCAUUUAUCCUCUUUUUAUUUAAACUUUCUCUUCUCUUCUUCCUAUCCUAUCCUAUAAUAACAAACCAUAAAACCAUUUUCCUCUUUUUUUUUUCUUUAUUUAUCCAUGUUUUUUCUCGAGGAUCUCUGGCAAUUACUGCUUCAAUACCUCCUUCAAAAAACUCGCUUCUUCUCUGAAAAGGAAUCAUUCAUCAGACUCAAAGAAUCAAUGACGAACUCAACAUGCGGGGGUGCUGAAUCGGACCUAUGCCGAGACGAACCCGCCGCAUUCGUUCUCAAAUUCAUCGCCAUGGCAUCAAUCCUCUUAGCCGGAAUGGCGGGAAUCGCAAUCCCUCUCAUCGGAAAACAUCGCCGAUACCUUCGCACCGACGGAAACCUCUUCGUCGCUGCAAAAGCCUUCGCUGCCGGUGUAAUUCUCGCUACAGGCUUCGUUCACAUGUUAUCGGAUGCUACAGAAGCUCUUAACAGUCCUUGUUUACCGGAGUUUCCAUGGUCGAAGUUUCCGUUUACCGGUUUUUUCGCGAUGAUGGCGGCGUUGUUUACUCUUUUGCUUGAUUUCGUUGGGACUCAGUAUUAUGAGAGGAAACAAGGGAUGAAUCGUGCGGUGGAUGAGCAAGCUAGGGUUGGAACUUCGGAAGAAGGGAAUGUAGGGAAGGUUUUUGGAGAAGAGGAGAGUGGUGGAAUGCAUAUUGUGGGGAUGCAUGCACACGCGGCGCAUCAUAGGCAUAAUCAUCCCCAUGGUGAUGCAUGUGACGGUGGUGGUAUUGUGAAGGAGCAUGGCCAUGAUCAUUCACAUGCACUCAUUGCUGCUAAUGAAGAAACUGAUGUACGACACGUCGUUGUUUCUCAGGUGUUAGAGCUUGGGAUCGUAUCACAUUCUGUGAUUAUUGGGCUGUCUUUGGGAGUUUCACAAAGCCCUUGUGCCAUAAGGCCUCUAAUUGCUGCAUUAUCUUUCCAUCAGUUUUUUGAAGGGUUUGCUCUUGGAGGGUGCAUUUCUCAAGCUCAAUUCAAGGCCUCAUCGACAACAAUAAUGGCUUGUUUUUUUGCACUGACUACACCUAUUGGUGUUGGCAUUGGAACAGGCAUUGCUUCAGUUUAUAACCCUUAUAGUCCUGGUGCACUCAUAGCGGAAGGUAUAUUGGAUGCACUGUCAGCAGGAAUUUUAGUGUACAUGGCUUUAGUAGACUUGAUAGCAGCUGAUUUUCUUAGCAAAAGAAUGAGUUGUAACUUUAGGCUGCAGUUAGUAUCAUAUUGUAUGCUUUUCCUUGGAGCUGGGUUAAUGUCUUCACUAGCAAUAUGGGCAUGAGCCUUUCUUCCAAUUAUAGUUUUUUUUUUUUUUUUUUUUUUAGGGAUCUUCCAAUUCAAUUUUGGUAGAUCUGUCUUUCUCUUUUUUAAUCAGCUUUAAUUAAUUAGUACCAUUCUCUUCUUUUCUCAAGAAAAGUCAUGUUAACACUACGGCCUACUAAUACUCAACCACUUGAUUAUCAUUGGACAGCGUAUGUAAAAGUGUGAUCCCGCACCAAUCUAGUAUUUGGUGGUUGUGUUCUUUGUUCUAAUUUUGUGGAUGUUAUGAAUUGGUGGAUCUGGUGGGUGCAUGAUUGUUAUGAAUAGAAAUGGUAUCGGUGCACGGACUUGAUUAUUGUGUAAACUCAUCGGAAAUGUGUUGGUUAAAAAGAUUGAUAUUGGUUAUACUCCAUUAUCUCUUCUCACAAGUUUCCUCUUAUAGGGGAAAGACAAGUGUUGGAUGGGGUGUUGGUGAAGAACAAGGUGGUGGAUUUUACAAAGAAAUCACAUAAGCAAAGUCUUUUUGAAGGUCGAUUUGUGAAGACAUUUAUGUGAUUCGAUAAAUUAAAGUUUUCUAGAAACUUCAAAGGCUUGGUCUAGUGGUAAAAUGACAGGUCUUGAAUUCGAGAGAACUCGGGUUCGAGCCUCACUAGUGCCUUUGGAGGAAGGUAAAUGUAAAUAUCUUUGUAAGUGCUCUUUGAGCCUGAAGGUCUUCCCUGCAUGGGACACCAUUCUCUCACCCUAAAAUUAUGUAACAAAAAAAAAAAA